CCCUCCUGUGGUCUAAGGAGUUAUAGUCCCAGAUUUACCACUUUCCCAGGACAAGUAACUUUGCUCUCUGAACCUCAAUUGCUUCCGUUGUAAAAUGGGAUUAAGUUUUCACCUCUCUUAUUGGGUGCUAAGGACGAAAUGGAAUUAAACGUCCUGGAAAACGAAACAGGAGCUUGGCCCCCAUGAGCAGAUGGGGAGGGGGCCUGCCGGGAUAACCGGCUUCCUGCCCUGGGGACAGAGCGUGCUUCACCCCUAGGAGCUGACAGAGAUGGCCCACAGCUGCUGAAGCAGGACACAGAACCUGAGGAAAGUCAGACCUUCCCUCCCUUGUCAGGUCCCUAAAAGGAUUCUCUGAAGGCUGGACCUGUGGUAUCCUACUUCCUUCUCCCCCAAUUUAUCCCACCUACCUUGCUGCUAGUGGAGGUCCUUGGAGGGAAACAAAGCCCUUGCACACUGUGGAAAAAGAUGUGAGAAGAAGGGAAAUGAAGCGAGUUGCAGUCAUUCAGAGGGUGCUGGUCCUGGCUCUGAAAGGCACAGGCCUCUGAAUGGAAGAGGAGGGAAAGGAGCGACCAUGAUGCAUGUGGAAGAAAGUACAGGUAUCAGGACUUCAUGGGGUCCAGAGAGCCCCUGCUGCCUGUGCCUCUCAGGCUGGACACACAUAUCUGGUGUUCUGGCCAUGUCCUGGGUCUGCAGUGUGGUGCCCUGUCUUGCAGAUUUGAUGGGCUUCUCUGCCACUGCUUGGAAACAUGUAAGGAGAAACUGGGACAGAGAAACCGCCCUUGAAUAUAGAAAAGAGUGUGGCACCGGCUCGGUGAAGACCAUCCAGAUCACACUUCUGUUCUCCUACUGCUAUUUAGUGAAAAAAUAAGUGGUGUUGAAGGAACGAAACUAGAUGAUGAAUUUCUUGACAUGGAAAGGAAAAUAGAUGUUACCAAUAAAGCUGUUGCGGAAAUUCUUUCAAAAGCCACAGAAUAUCUUCAGCCAAAUCCAGCAUACAGAGCUAAGCUAGGCAUGCUGAACACUGUGUCGAAGAUCCGAGGACAGGUGAAAACCACGGGGUACCCACAGACGGAAGGCUUGCUGGGCGACUGCAUGCUGAAAUACGGCAAGGAGCUCGGGGAAGGCUCCACUUUUGGCAAUGCAUUGAUAGAAGUUGGUGAGUCCAUGAAGCUAAUGGCUGAGGUGAAAGACUCUCUUGAUAUUAAUGUAAAGCAAACUUUUAUUGAUCCACUUCAGUUACUACAAGACAAAGAUUUAAAAGAGAUUGGGCACCACCUGAAAAAGCUGGAAGGCCGCCGCCUGGAUUAUGAUUAUAAAAAGAAGCGAGUAGGUAAGAUACCAGAUGAAGAAGUCAGACAAGCAGUAGAAAAAUUUGAAGAGUCAAAGGAGUUGGCUGAAAGAAGCAUGUUUAAUUUUUUAGAAAAUGAUGUAGAACAAGUCAGCCAGUUGGCCGUGUUUAUAGAGGCAGCUUUAGACUAUCACAGACAGUCCACAGAGAUUCUGCAGGAGCUACAAAGCAAGCUACAGAUGCGAAUAUCGGCUGCAUCCAACGUCCCCAGACGAGAAUACAAGCCACGGCCCAUGAAAAGGAGUCCUAGUGAGCUCAAUGGGGUGUCCACCACGUCUUCAGCAAAGACAACAGGUUCUAACGUUCCCAUGGACCAGCCCUGCUGCCGUGGUCUCUAUGACUUUGAGCCAGAAAACCAAGGAGAACUAGGAUUUAAAGAAGGGGACGUCAUUACAUUAACCAAUCAAAUAGAUGAAAACUGGUAUGAAGGAAUGCUACAUGGGGAAUCUGGAUUCUUCCCCAUUAAUUAUGUUGAAGUUAUUGUGCCUUUACCUCAGUAAAUGUGUAACUCAAACUUUGGACUUACUUUCAUAACUGAAAUGAAUUCACACCGGUGUUCUCUCAGUGUGGUGUUCUGUGGCAUUCUUGCUCUUUGACCAACUUAAUGACUUUUGUACGUGUGUUCUCUUUAUAAUGUGUUUUGUAUCAAUUUAGUUUGUAUAAAUGAUUUUCUCGUCCUAGCUACGUGAAAAUACCGUUUCCUUUUUUGCUGACUGUCCUAAAAGUCAUUGAUUAAAUAAAUGUAUGUGCUUCUUGUUGCUAAAAAUAAGUGGCACCUAUUUCAGUUUUGUCAGUGAAUCGCCCAUAUUCCUCAAGCUGUGAUGGAAUGCAACACUUGAAACUAAGAACUGCUAAAUAUUUUGUUUCCUGACAUUACUGAUGGCAUCCGCUCUUUUCCCUUCAUGGUGUUUUAGCUGACCUGUGAAUAGCCCAAUAAACGUGACACACUGUGUUGGCAA